CACUGCCAUUAUAAUGCUUGGAAGAGCCAGAACAUGUUUUUUAAUAUAACACUGAUUGUGUUAGUCUGAAAGAAUUACGUUAUAUGGACCUUGUAUGGCUUAAAGUCUGCAGAUGGAUCCACACGCCUCACGUCUCGUCAGCCCCGUAACAGAAUACUCGGCCACACAAGGAUCCAGCAGCUGUUCAAGUGGAUCAUGGCCAGGUAUGGACACAGCGAUCUUGUUGCUAGCCCUCAAGCAGGGCACACGAUCACUCGAGGGUUACAUUGCGGAAUAUUUGGCUUUGGCUAAUGGCUCAGAAUUGCCGGACGAUAUGUUGAUUGACUUUUUCUGUGAUGGCCUUAAUCAGCCUCUAAAGACUAAAGUAAUUCAUAAGGGUCUGCGUUCGUCACUGAGUACGUUUUUGGAUUAUGUUCUGUGGACUGUUGGUUCAGCUUUCACUGUGGGUGUCGCGGAGGAACGUGACACCGCACUCUCUCGUUGGAUAGCAGCCACACUGGAGCAGACACACAAAGUGGCAGCGACAGUGAAGCCCGUUCGUAAAAUGGCGGCCACAACAACCCCCCGUCUUGUCAUCGCUGUCAGUCAUGAGCCAAAUCAAGUCACAGUUAAUGUCAAAGAGCCAAAUCAAGCCACAGUUAAUGUCAAAGAGCCAAAUCAAGCCACAGUUAAUGUCAAAGAGCCAAAUCAAGCCACAGUUGAUCUUCGUGAGUCAAGCCAAGUCAAAGCUGAUCUUCACGAGUCAAGACAAGUCAAAGCUGAUCUUCACAAGCUAAGUCAAGUCACCGUUGAUCGUCACGAAUUAAGCCAAGUCAAAGCUAAUCUUCACGAGUCAAGACAAGUCACAGCUGGUCUUCACAAGCUAAGUCAAGUCACCGUUGAUAGUCACAAAUCAAGUCAAGUCAAAGCUGAUCUUCACGAAUCAAGUCAAGUCAAAGCUGAUUUUCAUGAGUCAAGACAAGUCAAAGCUGAUCUUCAUGAACUAAGUCAAGUCAUAGUUAAUGUCAAAGAGUCAAAUCAAGUCACAAUUGGUCGUCAUCAACCGAGUCACGUCUCAACUGAUCUCCCAGAAUCUUGCCCCGUCUCAGCUGAUCAUCCAGAGUCACUUCAUGUCUCAGCUGUCCGUCCAGAGUCACAGCACUUCACAGCUGUCCGUCCAGAGUCACAGCACGUCACAGCUGUCCGUCCAGAGUCACAGCACGUCACAGCUGUCCGUCCAGAGUCACAGCACUUCACAGCUGUCCGUCCAGAGUCACAGCACGUCACAGCUGUCCGUCCAGAGUCACAGCACGUCACAGCUGUCCGUCCAGAGUCACAGCUGUCCGUCCAGAGUCACAGCACGUCACAGCUGUCCGUCCAGAGUCACAGCACGUCACAGCUGUCCGUCCAGAGUCACAGCUGUCCGUCCAGAGUCACAGCACGUCACAGCUGUCCGUGCAGAGUCACAGCACGUCACAGCUGUCCGUGCAGAGUCACAGCACGUCACAGCUGUCCGUCCAGAGUCACAGCACGUCACAGCUGUCCGUCCAGAGUCACAGCACGUCACAGCUGUCCGUCCAGAGUCGGGUCACGUCUCCGCUGACCUUCCAGAGUCGGGUCACGUCUCCGCUGACCUUCCAGAGUCGGGUCACAUCUCCGCUGACCUUCCAGAGUCUGGUCACGUCUCCGCUGACACAUCCAGAUCAUCAAGGUCAGUCUUUCAUUAUCCCAGUCUGAUAUCCAGUGUGAGGGAUUCACCGCUGGUGUCUGCACGCACAGCUGGUAUCCCCAAACUCACUCACUCUAACCCUCCUGUUCCUGAACUGAUUCCCCUGUCUGAAACGCUUCCCCUGAUGGGGAUCGCAUUUUGGUGUGUUUGGGCUGCAUACACCACCACAGAACUCCCAGAGGUGGCGGCGUCCACUAUGAUGUCUCUAGAGGUGGCGGCUGACGCUGCAGAACCUCCUGAGGUAGUGGCGCUCACUGCCGUGUUCCCUGAAGUGAUGGUGCCCGCUGCAGUUUCUCCAGAGGUGGCGGUACAUGCUGCAGAACUCUCAGCCUGUUGUGUUGCGGUCGAAGAGAUCAUUACUGAACUCUCCUUGUGUCCUGUGUUUACCACUGUAGAACCUCCAGAGGUGGCGGCAACCGCCGCAGAACCUCCAGAGGUGUCAGUGGUAUCCGUCAAUGAACUCUCGUUCUGUCCUGUCACGGCUAUGGAGGCCGUCAAUGAACUCUUGUUCUGUCCUGUCACGGCAAUGGAGGCCGUCAAUGAACUCUCGUUCUGUCCUGUCACGGCUAUGGAGGCCGUUAAUGAACUCUCGUUCUGUCCUGUCACGGCUAUGGAGGCCGUCAAUGAACUCUCGUUCUGUCCUGUCCCUGCUAUGGAAAGUAACUACCUACCUCAGUCCUUGUGUCUGUGCAUGUUCUGUCUCCUCCUUGUGUCUCCAUUCUCCCUAGGUCCCAGGCUCUGCUGUAGGUUCCUGAUCUGUCAUAGUGGGAUCCUGCUCUAUCUGCUCCACCAUGGUGGUCUUCUGCUCCACCUGUUCUAUCUGCGCCGCUGUGGUGGUCUGCUGUCUGGCUCUGGUGGUCUUCUGCACCGCCGUGGAGAUCUUUAGUCCCGUCUGCUCCGCCCUGGUGGGCUCCAGUCCCGUCUGCUCCGCCCCGGUGGGCUCCAGUUCCGUCUGCUCCGCCCUGGUGGGCUCUGGUCUCAUUUGCCCCAUCGGCUCCGCCCUGGUGGGCUCCGGUCUUGUCUGCUCCAUCCUGGUGGACUCCAGUCCCGCCGGCUCCGCUCCGGUUUCCUGCUGUGCCGGCUCUACCUCGACCCCAGACCACUCCGCUUCCACAUGGCCCUGGCCCUCCAUCCCUCCCCCUGUUCUGCCUCCGCUCCACCUCCCUCCUGGAUUGUAGACACUGUGGAGCGUCUGGAAGCCGCUCUUUGGGGGGGGGGCUCUGUCACGAAUCCAGUCUGUGCACUCCCGUUCAUUCACCACCAGAGGUCACUCGCUCAUCAUAUUGACUUUCACACCACACAUCUCAAUGGACUGCGUUUCCCAUCAGCCAUCUCACUAAUCACACGCUCACCUGAUCACACGCACACAGCUGUAACCAAGCACACACUCUAUUUAAGCCAUGGACUUUCUCUCCCUCGUUGCAGAGUAUUGUAUGCAUUAUCGCUGCCCUACAGAGUCCCGUUAGUUUUCCUAGCCUUGCCUAUGUCGGAUUGUGUUUUCCCCUGCCUGGACUAUCGCUGACGUUUUGGAUUACCUCUCCUGUCUCGCCCCUCUGGAUACUGUUCGCCGAUCGUCGACCCACGCUUGUCUCUGUUUACUCUUUGUCUCGCCCAUGUUAUACCUGUUUGCCACUGUUUGACCCUGCCUGUUAUGACCACGUCUCUUGUCAAUAAAAGUCUGCAGAUGGAUCCACACGCCUCACGUCUCGUCAGCCCCGUA